UCCAUCGUGAACUGUCAAUCCUGUCAACGUGCUAACUCCACAUAACCUCACAAGUCCCAAACCACCACACUACCACCACAAAAUGGGCAAAAAACGAAAACUCCUUCAACAAAACCAAAACGAAGACACCGAAUUCGACCCGCCCCCGAAACACUUCGUCGUCAACCACUUGAAAAACCAAGAAAAGCGUCUCAUCAUAAUCCUCGAGGGGGCCCAACUCGAGACAGUCAAAGUCGGCAAUAAAUUCGAACUGUUAAACUGCGACGACCACGCCCACAUAUUGAAGAACUCAGGACGGGUGCAGUCGUCGUGUCGCCCCGACAUCACCCACCAGUGUUUGUUGAUGCUGUUCGACAGCCCGCUGAAUCGAGCGGGUUUGCUACAAGUGUACAUCCACACGGAGAACAACGUCCUCAUAGAACUCAACCCGCAAACUCGAAUACCUAGGACUUUUAAACGGUUCGCGGGUUUGAUGGUGCAGCUGUUACACAAAUACGCCAUUCGUGCCGAAAACGGACCCAAAUUACUCAAAGUGAUCAAAAACCCCAUUGUGAAUCACUUGCCUGUGGGGAUUAGGAAGUUGGCUAUGUCGUUCGCGGCGAAGCAAGUCACGGAGUGUGAAGAAGUGGUGCCCAAGGAUGAAGAUCCGAUUGCGGUGGUUGUUGGAGCUAUGGCUAGAGGUAGUGUGAAUGUUGACUACACUGAAGACACGUUGUCUAUUAGUAAUUAUCCCCUUUCGGCGGCUCUCACGUGUACUAAGUUGUGUUCGGCGUUUGAAAAGGCGUGGGGGAUACUUUAAUUUAAUUUAAUUUAGUCGUUUUUUAAAAAUAUAUUUUGUAAUAAACAAAGAACAAUAAAAAUUACAGACGAAAAUCA